AUGUCUGACCUCAGCGAGCUGAGAUCGCAGGUGAUGCAGCUACAAACUGCAGCCGCCGAGGAGACGCUGGCUCUGCUGGAGGAGACGCUGGCCGAGUACGAGCUGGAAAACUCUCGCCUGAAACUGAAGGUGGAGAGGCAGCAGAGGCUCCUGGACGCCAUCAGAGUGGUGUGUAAAGAGGAGGCUCCCCCAGGGCAGCGGGAGCAGACCCCCAGUCUCGAGCCUGAGCCCCAAAACAUUGAAGAGGAACAGGAGGAACUCUGCACCAAUCAGCAGGGAGAGCAGCCUCAGGAUAUCACCAAGCUCCCGUUCACUGUUGUCACCGUGAAGAGUGAGGAUGAUGAAGAGGAAGCUCAGUGGAGCAGAGACCCCCGCCGCUCCACUGGACAGAUGGAAGGAGAGAAACCGUUCCCCUGCUCACUCUGUGAUACAGCGUUUGCAGAGAAAGAAAACCUCAAGAGACACAUGAGAAUCCACACUGGAGAGAAACCGUUCCCCUGCUCACUCUGUGGUACAGCGUUUGCACAGAAAGGAGACCUCAAGCGACACAUGACAAUCCACACUGGAGAGAAACCAUUCCCCUGCUCACUCUGUGGUACAGCGUUUACACGGAAAGGAGACCUCAAGAUACAUAUGAGAUACCACACUGGAGAGAAACCGUUCCCCUGCUCCCUCUGUGGUACAGCGUUUGCACGGAAAAGAGACCUCAAGCGACACAUGACAAUCCACACUGGAGAGAAACCGUUCGUCUGCUCCCUCUGUGAGAAACCAUUCCUGUGCUCACUCUGUGGUACAGCGUUUGCAUGGAAAGGAGACCUCAAGCGACACAUGACAAUCCACACUGGAGAGAAACCGUUCCCCUGCUCCCUCUGUGGUACAGCGUUUGCACGGAAAAGAGACCUCAAGCGACACAUGACAAUCCACACUGGAGAGAAACCCAGCAACCAAAGUUGGCUCCUGGGCUCGGCCUCGGCCCCUCAGAUUGCGAGCCGGACCCUCUGGUCCAACAUCGGUGCCUGA